GCUUUGAGAUCUGUGCGUGAUCGCCGACAUUUAUCAACGGCGUAGAUUGCUCGAUCGAUUCUAUUUAUACUCAUCUGUUUGACCCCUUCUCUUUGAUCGACGACGACGACGCAUCGGGCAGAGCUGAUGGAGAGCAAAGUGGAGUCGCUGAGUGCAGCAUACGACGCGUUCGUCUUGGCGGCGGAGGCCGUAAUGGAGGCCAAGGAGCAAUCCGACGGACGGACGGCGCCCGCCACCGGCGUCGCCCUCGAGGCCUUCAAGCAGCGGUGGGAGAUGUUCCGCGUCGCCUGCGACGAGGCCGAGGCGUUCAUCGAGUCCAUGAAGCAACGCAUCGGCUCCGAGUGCCUCGUCGACGAGGCUACCGGCGCCUCCUGCUUGCAGCCCGGGCACCCUGACGCAGCCCCCGGGAUCCCGCCUAUCAGCGCCGUCCGGCUCGAGCAGAUGAGCAAGGCCGUGCGGUGGCUCGUCAUCGAACUCCAGCACGGCUCGGGAGCCGCUUCCGCCACCGCUUCCGCUUCUGCUGCGGCCCAUUCUCACGCCUCCGCCCCCUUCGAUGCCAGGUCCCCCGAGGACGCCGGCCAAUAGAGUAUGGUGGUGUUUCCUGGAGUAACAAACACCAUAUGGUCCUCAUGAACAUGCUCUUGGUAUUGUGCAUAUUGUGUUCGUAGUUAAUUGUAGUAAAGAUCGAGCCACUCCAAUCACAAGCAACAUUGAUCCAGUGCUGGUUGAAUCCCAAAUGCAAAGUGGGUCGAAACAUUCUUAUGGGUUUGGUGCCUAUGUACUUGCUUUUGUUGCAGUCACAGUAUUUUGGUGCCUAUGUUCAUCAUUGUCAAGACAUAUAUGAUAGAUAGUGUGGCCAUCUUUUUUCCUGUUGUCA